GGCAGCAAGAAGACAGUUCAUUCAGAACAGUCACAGCACGCGGACAAGCAGCCAACCAGCCAGCCCGAACCAUUGAAGCUCUAAACUCUGAACUCUGAAAGCAAACAACAAAGACCAGUUGAAGAAGGAGGCUGCAUCGGUCAUUUGUCCAUCUGAUCAGGCCCAUAAUUGGGACACUUAACAAACGUCUUUCACUCGUGAACCGUGUGUGUGUGUUUGAAUAUGCAGUUAUCAUUGUCAGCGUCCGGAAAUGGGCAGAGCAUGCUGCUGGCGCUGCUCCUGCUGCUAGUCGGCUUGGCGGCAGCGGUGCCAGCAUCUGUGCUGGCCCAGAAUACAGAGCUAUCCACCAAUGCGAACAACAAGCUGCAACAGCAGCAGCAACAACAGCAGCAGCAGCAGCGGGAACUGCCGGCAGUGAAACACGCUGAGGAUGGGGCAACAUCGAGUGGCACAGUGCCACAGGCCGACAAAAAGUCAAGUCCGGAAAUUGUGCCCGCUACCUUUAGCAAUUCACCGGCCAGGAACGGGCCCAACGAACAGCCUCAACAGCCACAAGCUGGCCUCUAUGCGCUGCCCAGCAACGAUGAGAUCCUGGCCGCUGUGGCAGCCGCCGCCCAGGGUGGCCAGCAGCAGGCUCAGAAUGAGCCAACGGCUCUGGAGGAGGCUGUGGCCAGCUCCACAAUGCGCAAGCGUGGCAUUAACUAUGAGUAUAAUCCAUAUAUGAGCGUGGCUGGCAACGAUUAUGGCAGCGAAGUGCCCAAUGGUGUUUGGGCCGAGGAUUAUGAGCCCGCUGCGCCCAUUGGCUACAACAACUACAAUAACUAUAACAAUGAACGCGACCUACAGGAACUGGACGAUUAUGUGCCGGAGCGACAUGCGAACACGCCCACUGGACGCAAUAAGGCUUACGAUAAUCUACAAAAUCUGCUAAAUGCCGAGGCCUAUUUGGAGAGCAUUCCCCUGUCUGUGCCACUUACCUAUGCCAAUCGUAACUAUAAUCUGGAUGAACGUAAUAAGCGUGGCAUCUACUAUAAUUUGGCCGGCGCUAAUGCUCCCAGCGAGAAUCUCAAUUUGAACAAAUACCGUCGCUAUGGAGAUAUGCGCCUGAAGCGUGACACCACCAAAUUGACACCAGCUGACAUGUUAGCUCUUGUUGCCCUGGUCGAAGCCGGUGAGCGAGCCCGCAAGGAGAGCGAUGUGGAGAGCGGAGUUUCGGUGCCCUUGAUCGAUGCCGAUGAAAUGGAUUAUGUGCCCGCUGGCAGCUGGUUGGAUGCACCCGUACAGCAACAGCAGGCGCCCGCACUGGUCGACUAUUAUGGCGUGCCCGUCGAGGCGCAGGUGGUGCCCAAAUAUGAGUAUGUGCCACGCCCACAGAAAUAUAUAGGCAGCAAUAGUCGUCUUGGUUCCUCUAAGCGUUUCAUGGUGGCCAAGAAGAAGCGUUCCAUUGGCCAAACCCAGUUUAUGAACGAACCAGUGGGCGAACGAGGACCCAGCUACUAUGGCGAGAAGUUUUAUUAAAAUAGACCAAGACACUGAAAUAGAGCAGGCGAGGUAUAGAGCAAGCGAGCGGAUGUAAGAGAGAGAGAGAGAGAAAGAAAAUAAAAGUUUUCAAGCUGAGCUUUCCGGUUUUAUUCAAAGAAGAAAAUAAUGUCCCCAAUCAUUUGACCUUUGCCCUAGAUUGCAAACGAAAGAAAAUAAAAUACAUACAAUUUAAACAAACUAAUUAAAACGAGUCAACGUCGCGUGCAAUUUUUGUGUAGAGUUUGAAUUUGACAAAAACAUAAAAAAGAAAAACAACAACAACACGUAAUAUUAUUAUAUCUAUGCAUAUAUAAUAUCUGAAUAUUGUAUGUCAAGAACAUAAUCAAAAUCAAUGUUUUUAAAACACUGACAACAGGGUUGACAAACAAUUGUCCAAUGCGAACUUACCUAUGCCUAUACCUAACCUAACUUCAAGUAAACCUAACCACACUUAAUCAACAAUGUCAAUGUCUAUUGUCAAGAUUUUUGAUCCCCAAAAAAAAAACUGUACAAUUAAACAAAAGAACCGCCAACACUAUCAGUAUAUUAUUGUGUAAUAUCAAAACUAGAGGCUUCCCAA